CGGAGAUGGGGUUCCUGCCGUGCGACGACGACGGGCCGGCGGUCGGCAUCGACCUCGGGACGACGUACUCGUGCGUGGCCGUGUGGCGGCGCGGCCGCGUGGAGGUGAUCCCCAACGGGCAGGGCAACCUCACCACGCCGUCCUGCGUCGCGUUCACCGACACAUGGCGGCUCGUCGGCGACGCCGCCUUGAACCAGGCCGCCAUGAACCCCCUCAACACCAUCUUCGAUGCGAAACGAAUGAUCGGCCGGCGAUUCAGCGACGCGUCUGUGCAGGGGGACAUCAAGAUAUGGCCUUUCAGGGUCGUAUCCGGCAAGGACGACCGGCCGAUGGUCGUGGUGGAGUACAGGGGCGAGGAGAAGGAUUUCUCCGCCGAGGAGAUCUCCGCCAUGGUGCUCUUCAAGAUGAAGGAGGCAGCCGAGGCCUACCUCGACAAGACGGUCGAGAAGGCGGUCAUCACCGUGCCGGUCUACUUCAAUGACUCCCAGCGACAGGCCACCAUGGACGCCGGCGCCAUCGCCGGCCUCGAAGUCUUGCGCAUCAUCAACGAGCCCACCGCCGCCGCCGUCGCCUACGGCCUCGACAAGGUGGUCGGAAGCGACAGGGAGAAGAAAGUGCUCAUCUUUGACCUCGGCGGCGGCACAUUGGACGUCUCCAUCCUCAACAUCGACCCGGGGGUCGACAUUGACAUGGGCAUCUUCCAUGUCAAGGCCACCGCCGGUGACACCCACCUCGGCGGCGAGGAUUUCGACGGCCGUAUGGUGAAGCACCUGGUGCGUGAGUUCCUGAGGAAGUACAAGAGACCGGAGAUCAGGACCGACCAGAGGGCGCUCCGGCGGCUGAGGACGGCGUGCGAGAGGGCCAAGAGGAUGCUGUCCUCCACGGCGCAGACCACCAUCGAGAUCGACUCGCUCCACGGCGGCGUCGACUUCUACGCGACCAUCACCCGCGCCAAGUUCGAGGAGCUCAACAUGGACCUCUUCCUCCGGUGCAUGGACACCGUCGAGAAGUGCCUCCGCGACGCCAAGAUGGACAGGGACAGCGUCGACGACGUCGUGCUCGUCGGAGGCUCCAGCCGUAUUCCCAAGGUGCGUAGCCUCCUCAGGGACCUGCUCGGCGGCAAGGAGCUCUGCAUGAGCAUCAACCCCGACGAGGCCGUCGCGCACGGCGCCGCCGUGCAGGCCGCCAUCCUCAACGGCGCCGCCAACGAGGAGGAACUGCGGGAUGUGCUCCUUCUCGACGUCACGUCUCUCUCGCUAGGGGUGGAGACGGUCGGUGGCGUGAUGUCGGUUCUGAUCCCGAGGAACACCACCAUCCCCGUGAGGAAGAAGGAUGGUUUCACGACAUGCUCCGACAACCAGACCGCCGUGCUCAUCCAGGUGUACGAGGGUGAAGGCGAAAGAACCAAGGACAACAACCUGCUCGGCACGUUCAGGCUCACCGGCAUCCCGCCGGCGCCGAGAGGCGUUCCCAAGAUAAAGGUCAGCUUCGACAUCGACGCGAACUGCGUGCUCAAGGUGACGGCGAAGGACAAGACGACGGGGCGCAGUAACAGCAUCACCAUCACCAGCGACAAGGGGCGGUUGACCAAGGAUGAGAUCGAGAGGAUGGUGAAGAAGGCCGAGAAGAACAAUGCCGAGGAUGAGGUGGAAAUGAAGAAAGCUGAAGGGUACGUGACGCCAUAGAGAAUAAGUUCCGCCAAUGCAACGUGGAUUAUUUUAAAGCUGCUGCGUCUUCUGAUCAUGCAUGGGGGUGGGGGUAUAUGUAUGGCCCUAACCAUGCUUAAUUUGUUUAUGCCGGAAGUCGGAACAAUGGUUUAAUCCGUGGUAUGCGAGCAAACUUGUCUGAUGACUUC